GCUAAGUGGCAUUUGGGCUGAGGCGUCGAGCGCUGGGCACAAACGACCUCGCCUCUUUCUGCCUGUCUCGCACUUCGCCGGGCGACAUGGCCAGCAGCAACUCGGAGAGGCCGCGCCGCCGCCCGUCGCCGGACCCCGUGGCGGUGCUGCGGGGCCACCGCGCCGCCGUCAGCGACGCCUGCUUCCACCCCGCACUCCCGCUCCUCUUCUCCGGCGCGGCCGACGGGGAGCUCAGGGUCUGGGACACGGCGAGCCACCGCACCGUCUCCUCCAUCUGGGCUCACGGUGGCGCGGCUGGGGUGUAUUCCAUCGCCGCUGGCUCCGGACUUGGGAACACGGUCAUUAGCCAGGGCAGGGAUGGUUUGUGCAAAGGCUGGGCGAUUGAAGAAGCUGGGCUCUCAAGGAGGCCCAUAUUUACAAUUAAAACAAGUACAUACCAUUUCUGUAAGAUGUCACUGGUUAAGGUUCCAUGUUCUGCACAUGGCACACAAACCAACUUGAGUGGCUCAAAUAGUGGCACUGAGCCACAAAGAGUACCUAUUGAAGAUAAUGCAGGAUCAGAUAGUUUAAAUCCUGCAGAAGGAACACAAGAAUAUGAACAAGGAAGUUCCUUGGAUGGACAAAAUAUAUUGACAAUUGCUGGUCAAGAAUCGUUUGAGGUUGAACUUUGGGACAUUAAAAAUUCAACGAAGAUAAUGUGUUUGCCCAAAAGAUGCAGUGCUAAUAUGACAGGUCACCCUACCAAGCAAAAAGGUCUAUGCAUGGCCGUGCAAGCUUUCAUCCCGUGUGCGUCUGGAGGCUAUGUUAAUAUUUUAUCAAGUUAUGAAGAUGGAAGCACUCUUUGGUGGGAUGUACGAAAGCCUGGGUCACCCUUAUCUUCCGUGAAGUAUCAUUCGGAAUCAGCUUUAUCCAUUGCUAUUGACGGUUUAUGCACCGGUGGGAUCUCAGGAGGUGCUGAUAAUAAAAUAGCCAUGUUUGCCCUUAAUCAUCAGAAGGGCACGUUUUCUCUCAGGAAUGAAAUAGAAAUUGAGAGACCCGGUGUAGCAGGUACAGCGAUUCGGCCAGACAACAAGAUUGCAGCAACUGCUGGUUGGGAUCACAGGCGAUCACAACUCCUAUCUGGCCACCGCCACGGGGAGCGGGCAAGCUUUGAGAGGAACGGGAUGGAGCCAGAGGCUAACCGUAAUUUUUACAUCCUGGUGAUACUAGCUUCGUGGGUGAUACUACACGAUAUCAGGGUGAUACUAUGAUUUCCGGAUGAUACUACGUUUUGCGUGUGAUACUAAAAGCCUGGGUGAUACCACAUUACCCAUGCAAGCCAUGUCGCAAAGUAGAAAGACAUGUAUGAGAUAAAAUAAAUUAUUGAACUUACAAAAAAAUACAUGAAAUUUGGUUACGAUGUCAGAGAAUGACUUGAUGAAAUAUGUGCUACCAUGGUCAAGUCAUAUAUCAUGAGAUCCUUGAAGAUAAAUGAAAGCCGCCAUAAGAUUCAUAUAUAUGUUUAUAAGAUUCGUCGAUGAAUCUUACAUCGGCCGAGAUGGGUCUUAGUUGUAAAUUUCUCUCCUGCCACUCUCCGGUGAUGACAGGCCAUGGGUUAUGUAGUUUCCACAAUGAUUUCCGUAGAGGCAUUUGACAGGCCAAAUGUUGGUUUGAUAUGUUGGUUUGAUGCCAACAUUUGGCACUUCCAAUAUUUGGCAAGUCAACAUUUGACAAAACCAAAAGGUACCAAAAGUUGGCAACCAUUUGAGACGGACAAAAACCAAUUGGUAGCCAACCAAUUGGUAUCCAAUUUUGUAGACUUACCAACAAUUGGCAUGCCAAAUACUCCUUCCGUCCGGAAAUACUUGUCGGAGAAAUGGAUGUAUCUAGAACUAAAAUACGCUAGAUACAUCCAUUUCUCCGACAAGUAUUUUCGGACGGAGGGAGUAUUAGCAUCAUACAAACCAGCCUCGUAGUGCCAAUACUGGGUUGCAUAGUGCCGACACUGGGUUACAUUGUGUACUAACAGGGUUACAUAGGUUUAUAUUAGGGGGUUACAUACCGAAUAUCCUGGGUUAUAGCACGUUAUGUUGUUGAGGGACUCUGGAUCCACAGGCACGUUGGUGCUGGUGGCUGCGAAGCGGCCAAGUUGAGGUUGGGAGGAACCAGCUGUGUUCUUGCGCUCUCUUCUUCUACUACUGCGUGUUCUUGAUCUUGACCGAUUCAUGCAGAUUUUUGGAGGCAAGGUCAACUUUCAAACGGGAAGAGUCUGUACCCAUCGGGUAGAGUGGAUGCGGGUGUGGGAAUGCAGCACCCGUAUCUGCAUACUACGCCUAGGCCUACCUCCAUGGCUAUGACAUGGACCAGCGUAUCUUUUCUUUUACCUGCCUAUAUUCCAUGGCAGAUCUGUUGACACCAUGGAUUUGGAGUGCUCCCUCCCAAUUCUACCUGGAAAUCGCAGUAUCACCCACGAAGCUAGUUUCACCCUGAUAUCGUAGUAUCACCGACAAAGCUAGUUUCACCCAGAUAUCGUAGCAUCACCCACGAAGCUAGUU